UAGUAAUUUAGUGUUUUGACAUUUACUCGGUAGAAUAGGUUUAGCUUAAGAGUUUAGGGGAACAGGGGAAAAGUAUUGCAGAAAUGUAUACAGUUUAAAGGAAAUUUUCUUGAAGAAAAGGAGUUCGGAAAACACACGAGUCUUAGUUAGUAGGUAGCAUUUUCCAUGGAUAACUUGGCAUUCAAUAAAGGGCAACAUGUGAAGAAGGCAAAGAAGAAGCAAGUAAAAGAUGAGUUAGAUCGUUUGAAACAAGCUGAGAAGAAGAAGAGGCGCUUGGAAAAAGCACUUGCUACUUCUGCAGCCAUCAUUUCUGAGCUGGAGAAAAAGAAACAGAAAAAGAAAGAAGAACAACAGAGACUUGAUGAAGAGGGGGCUGCAAUUGCUGAGGCUGUUGCUCUGCAUGUUCUAGUUGGGGAAGACACUGAUGAUUCUUGUAAAGUUAUGAACGAAGGGAGAGGCAAGCCAUGGAAUUGCAAUAGUAAUCUUGACCUCUUCCUGGGCGGAAAAGGUGCUUGCUUUCCUCAUCUCGAUGGUGGCACAUGGUCUGUGGAAAGAAUGGGGUUGGUCUCUGGCGGAUGCAGCUAUGGCUAUGAGUGGAGUGGUGCUGAGAAUGGCAAUUGGUAUUUCUCGUUUGGACCUUUUGAAAAGAAUGUGCACAAAGAACUGGUGCACAAGGAAGCAGGGUGGGGGCCUGAUGGCUUUUCUGCUGAUCUCAUUGCAGCUCAAGCGGUUUCAUCACUUCAGAUUGCGGAGGAUGCAGAUGCAGAGAGGGUUCUUUCUUAACCAAAUGCUAAGAUGAUAUUGCAUGCGUGUCGUUUUGGUGACCGGAGUUUCGUUUUAUCACUGCAAAAUGGCAUCUUUGUAUAUAUUAUUAUAUUAUGAGUGUCCGUCUUGUCAAACAUAUUCUGUUUGAGCAUAUUAGGGGUUCUCCUUGUUUUAUGCCUGAUUGUCUUGAACUGCACAUGAUGCUAUAUCACUCUCACAUGUAGACUCUGGCUGAUAAUUUUCAGACUGAUUCUGCGCAAUAUAAAAGCAUCUAUGGACCCUCGUUCUAGUUAUGAUUA